AUGAGCUAUCCACCACAAGGGCCACCUCCUCCAUACUACGGUCCUCCUCCUCCGUGGCCUCAUACUCCAAAUCCACACCAUCCUCCACACCAUCCUCCUCACCAUCCUCCACCCCAACCUCCCCAUUACCCUCCACCUCACCAUCCCCCACACUACCCGUUCGAUCAUGGGCAAACCUCUGCCCCUUACCCCUACUUUGUACCUGGAACAAUGAUGAUUCCUGUACCAGUCCCACAUGAUACAAGUCAACCAACAUACGUAACGAACUAUAUAUAUCACGGUGAUUCAUCUAACACAACAGCCGGAGCCGAGGUACAGAUUGCAGAAACUUCUGGAGACUUCGACUGGGUACCAACCACAGCGACUACAGCUGGGCAUCUCACCGGCAAAGCAGUACUUGGAGGCCAUGAGGGAUGGGACGGGAGUCCACUUUGGGUGAUCCGAGCUUGGCACAACGGAGACCUGAUGCCUGGCAAGUUAUCUGUGAGACACAAUGCAGCCACGGUUACGUAUAACGCAAAAGAAAUACCAGUACAGAAUAUUGAGGUUCUUUGCGCAAAACCUGAAAACCUUAGAUGGGUCCCAGCUUCAAGCGGUAACGUGCCACCUGGGGCAAUACCCGGUGGUAGAACAGCUUCAGGUGAAACGCUGUAUGUGGGAAGAGCGAGACACCAACUAUCCAUAACCCCUGGCAAAGUGCAUCCAAGUCAUAACGCUUGUUAUAUUGGGUUUGGUGGCACAGAAGUUGUUCACAAAAUGUAUGAUGUGCUGUGCAGACUAAGUUAA